AUGGGCUCCUUUCGCGAUGGACUGGCUUCCCUAGCACUGCUGCUGCUAUGCUUUGUCUCUUGGGGAUCGGCCAAUGUGGUACGCUUUAAGAUCACUCUGACAUGGGAGGACUGGGCUCCAGCUGGUAUCGCUCGGAAGAUGAUCCUCACCAACGGCCAAUUUCCAGCUCCGCCAUUGUACUUGCGACAGGGGGAUGAUGUUGAGUUUAUGGUGGAUAAUCAACUUCCGUUUGCUACCACAAUUCACUUCCACGGAAUUGACCAAACGGGAACGCCUUGGUCCGAUGGAGUUCCUGGUCUUUCGCAAAGACCAAUCCCAUCCGGCAGCACUUUUCUUUACAAGUGGAAUGCAGGACAGUAUGGCAGCUACUUUUAUCACUCUCACAGCAGAGGGCAGAUUGAUGAUGGCUUAUACGGAGCGAUUUAUAUCCGUCCUGAUGACGCAGUAAAGAAGCCCUUUUGGUUGAUAACUAAUUGUACGAGUGAAGUCGAGGCCAUGCGUCGAGCCGAAGAAAGAACAAUCCCAGUACUGCUAAGUGACUGGCGCCAGUUGACGUCCGAGGAGCUGUGGCACGUGGAGAAGGCAAGUGGACAAGACGCAUUCUGUGUGAACGCGUUGUUGGUCAAUGGAAAGGGCUCGGUGCAGUGUCUGGACCGCCGUACAUUGGAUCAGUAUGCCAGUGCGGCAAAGUGGGCUUUUUUGGGAAACUCUUCGCUGACUGAUAUUGGUUGCGUGCCCCCGACGAAUCCACUGAUCCAAGGAAAUUUUCCGCAUAACUUCAGUGCCAUCCCACCGACGGUGUUUUCCGGCUGUACUCCGUCUCAGGGCUCGACCGAGCGACUCCUGGUUGAUCCGUACGCUUCGUACGCCAGCUUCGACCUAAUUAGUUCUGCUGGUUUGGCAAUGAUCACUUUCUCGAUCGACGAACAUCCCAUGUAUAUAUACGCCAUCGAUGGAAGGUACAUCGUCCCUACUCGAGUGGAUGCGGUCACCAUUGCCAACGGAAACCGGUACUCAAUCAUGGUGAAGCUGGAUAAACCGGCUGGUGACUACACCGUUCGUAUAGCAAACAGCGGAGUCAAUCAGAUUAUUAGCGGCAAAGCGAGCAUGUCUUACAACACGCCUUUCAAAGCUCAAUCACGUCCUUCGCAGCCAUCAAUCGACAUCACCGGCGCAAAUACAACAGCGGAAGUCGUGGCAUUCGACGAGAGCAUGGUGAUUCCUUUUCCUGUGGAGGUACCGGCGCAAGAGGUUGCCCAGACCUUCUUCCUAGAUAUCCACCGUUUUAAUGCAUCCUACCGUUGGGUGCUUGGAAACUCAAGCUUCCCGCUCUCCCUGGAGGAAGCGUCUCCGCUUCUGUUUAAUCGCUCCGCGGCCAAGCCCGAUCUCUCAAUUUCAACUCGCAACGGAACCUGGGUCGAUCUCAUCCUCAGAGUGGUCGGCCCUUUACAGCCACCUCACCCUAUUCACAAGCACUCGAACAAGUUCUUCGUCAUUGGUCAAGGAAAUGGAGAUUUCAACUAUACCUCAGUGGCCGAGGCGACGAAGUACAUUCCGGAGAGCUUCAACUUUAAGACCCCGCAGAUCCGGGACACAUUCAUAACGCCUCCCACUGCACCUGGCCCCACUUGGUUGGCGAUCAGAUAUCAAGUCGUCAAUCCUGGCGCAUUCUUGCUCCAUUGUCACAUUCAGAUACAUCUGAGCGGUGGUAUGGCGCUGGCCUUGUUGGACGGCGUAGAUAAGUGGCCUGUGGACAUUCCUGAGGAGUACCGGCUCGCUGCCUCGGGAUCCUAA